GAACUCAGAAGAAAAAAAAAACGGGUUGAAAUGAAUCAGAACAAAGUUCUUAUGAUCUCCAGAAUCUGCUGAAGUCUCUCUAUCUCGAGAGAGCUAUUUCUCUUCCUCAGUUCCUUUUGAUGCAUAAUCAAUAAUGCAACAACAAGAUGGUGAUGAAGAACAACAAGAUGACAGAUUAUGAAAACAAUCUGUACAAAAAGCUCAAGAGCGGAAAGCUCGAGGUCAGAGUCUCCUACCGCACUUUCCUCUGUCCUUACUGCCCCAAGCAGAAGGUUGGUCUCUACAUCGACAUCCUUCAGCACGCUUCCGGAGUCGGUAACAGCAGCUCUAAGAAACGAAGUCUCACGGAGAAGGCUUGCCACCGCGCUCUCGCCAAGUACCUUCGUAAAGAUCUUGCGGAUUACGCUACGGCUACGGUCUCUAGGCGCUCAAAGGCCUUGGCAUCGUUAACUGGCGAUAUUCCUCUAGCUUAUGAUGAUGAUCAGUUCGAGAAACUUGUGUGGCCUUGGAAAGGUAUUUUGGUUAAUAUACCAACAAAGAUGGGACAUGAUGGUCUGUGUUGUACUGGGGAGAGUGGACCACAGCUUAAGGAUGAACUGAUCCGGAGAGGAUUCAACCCUAUUAGAGUUCGUACCGUGUGGGAUUGUUUCGGUCAUUCAGGAACCGGGAUAGUUGAGUUUAACAGAGACUGGAAUGGGCUCAACGAUGCGUUGCUGUUCAAGAAGGCUUAUCAAGAAGAUGGUCAUGGUAAAAAAGAUUGGCUGAGUGGUGGUGGUGCUGCUGACUCUAGCCUUUACGCAUGGCUUGCCAAUGCUGAUGAUUAUUAUAGAGCUAACUAUAUAGGAGAGUACUUGCGGAAGAUGGGUGACCUCAAAAGUAUUUCUAGGUUCGCAGAGGAAGAGGCUAGGAAAGACAAUAAGCUUGUGCAGCGUCUGAAUGUAAUCUCUGAGAACAUACAGAGUCAGUUGAGGAUGCUAGAGGAAAAAUUCUCAAAGACUUCUAUUACACUCAAGUGUGAGACUGAAGAAAAAGAUAAGAUUCUCCAUGGUUACAAUCAAGAUCUCACGGGAAGACAACAAAGAUCGACUGAUCAUUUCAAUAGAAUCUUUGCUGAUCAUGAAAAGCAAAAGGCGCAGCUGGAGUCUCAGAUGAAGGAACUUCAAAUUAGAGAAUCUGUUUUGGCGAAACGUGACGCAGAGAAUGAAACACAGAGGAAAAUCAUUGCAAAAGAGCUUGAACAGAGCGCCGCUAAAUAUAGUUACGUUCAACUAGUAGCCUUGGAACAACAAAAGGCCAGAGAGAAAGUUAAAAAAAUGGCUGUUGAUCACAAGAUGCAAAAGGAAAAGCUUCGUGAGAGAAUCACUGCACUGGAAAGAGAGCUUGAUCAGAAACAAGAUCUUGAACUUGAGGUUGAACAUCUGAAAAGACAGUUGGGCGUGAUGAGGCACAUGGAGUUGGACGGUGGUACUGAGAUUGUGAACAAGGUGGAGACCUACCUCAGAGACCUUAGUGAGAAGGAAGGAGAGCUUGCACAUGUAAACAAGUUUAAUCAAGAUCUUGUUGUACGGGAGCGGACGACCAAUGAUGAGCUUCAAGAAGCUAGAAGAGCACUGAUCAGCAAUUUGAGAGACAUGAGAUCGCAUAUUGGUGUAAGGAGAAUGGGGGAGCUUGACACCAAACCUUUCAUGGAAGCAAUGAGAAGAAAGUAUUGUCAAGAAGAUCUAGAGGAUUGGGCAGUUGAAAUCAUCCAGCUAUGGGAAGAAUAUCUUAAGGAUCCAGAUUGGCAUCCUUUCAAACGGAUAAAGCUUGAUGCUGCAGAAACUAUAGUGGAAGUGAUAGAUGAGGAUGACGAGAAGUUGAGAACACUGAAGAUUGAACUGGGGGAUGAUGCGUACCAAGCAGUGGCAAAUGCAUUGCAGGAGAUAAACGAGUAUAACCCGAGUGGAAGGUACGUCUCCUCGGAGCUGUGGAACUUUAGAGAAGAGAGGAAGGCUACGCUGGAGGAGGGUGUUACUUGUUUGCUGGAGCAAUGGAAUCAGGCAAAGCGUCAUAAGCCUUAACACGUUAUAUUCGCAUUUACCCACCAGCAAACGGAGAUUGGAAAAAAAACUUGUGCGCAUGGAGGAUGUCAAGAACUGCGAGGCGUUCUUGCCAAAGAUGCCAUGUUCAAUAAGUGUCUGUCUUUGAUGCACUCAGGGUCUUAGAAUAGGGAUUAGUUGUUAGAAUAUAAGGAACUUGGUUGGCGAAUCGUUAAAAUAUUGUAGAAAAAUAAGUAACAGAUUGUUAGAAGCUUCUAAGCCUUACAGAAGGUCAAUUCAUUUGUGAAGAACAGCAAAAUGUUUUCUUUGUAAGUAUCACUAAUAACCAACA